AGACAAGUAGAAGAAGAGUGUAUGCAGAGUUAAAAGGAACAAAUCCUGGCGUAUAUUAAUCCGUUUACGGGUUUCUGUGACGACGUUUCUCAUUUCCCGGAUUCUAGAGAGAGAAGCUAAAAAGUACAGCUGGUUUUCCGACCUUGAGAAGCGCAGUUUUGUAGCGCUCUCAGAGCGCUGUUUAACGGUUUUUUUUUUUACUGUCAGCGGAGUUGAAACGUUGAAGCUUCCACCGAACCGUUGUAACGGUUAUUAUCAUUUUAAAUAUAGGCGUAUACUGAGGUGAAUUUGGGGUUUGUAAAACUUUGGUGAUUUUAAGGUUCGAUUUUUCGAACGCGUCGCUUUACUCAUGGCAAAUCGAGGGUCGUUUUCGCAGCAGCAAAAUAAUUUCUCGGCUGAAGGCCAGGGAGAUGAUGAUCUGUAUAUGGAGCUAUGGAAGGCUUGUGCGGGUCCAUUGGUGGAUGUUCCGAGAAGUGGUGAGAGAGUGUACUAUUUUCCACAAGGUCAUUUGGAACAAUUAGAGGCAUCUACAAAUCAGGAACUGGAUCAGAAGAUUCCGCUGUUCAAUCUUCCCUCAAAGAUCCUCUGUCGUGUUGGUCACAUUCAGCUGCUGGCUGAACAAGACACUGAUGAGGUUUAUGCUCAAAUCACUUUAAUUCCAGAAUCAGAACCAUCUGAGCCAAAAAGUCCUGAUUCAUGCCCUCUUGAGCCUCCAAGACCAAAUGUUCACUCGUUCUACAAAGUUUUGACUGCCUCUGAUACGAGCACUCAUGGUGGAUUUUCUGUCCUUCGGAAACAUGCUAAUGAAUGCCUUCCUUCCCUGGACAUGACCCAACCCACACCAACCCAGGAAUUAGUAGCCAAGGAUCUUCAUGGGGUUGAAUGGCACUUUAAGCAUAUCUUUAGAGGCCAACCACGGAGGCAUUUGCUUACAACAGGAUGGAGUACGUUUGUUACUUCUAAGAGAUUAGUUGCCGGGGAUACGUUUGUGUUCCUGAGGGGGGAGAACGGGGAAUUACGUGUUGGGGUUAGGCGCCUUGCUCGUCAACAGAGCUCCAUGCCUUCGUCGGUGAUUUCAAGUCAGAGCAUGCACCUAGGAGUGCUUGCAACUGCAUCUCAUGCUGUAGCAACUCAAACCCUUUUUGUUGUUUUCUACAAGCCGAGGACAACUCAGUUCAUUAUAGGCUUGAACAAAUAUCUACAAGCCAUUGACCAUGGAUUUGCAGUUGGCAUGAGAUUCAAGAUGCGAUUUGAGAUGGAGGAUUCUCCUGAGAGAAGGUUUACAGGCACUAUCGUUGGGGUUGAGGAUAUUUCUGUCCAGUGGAAAGAUUCUAAAUGGCGAUCAUUGAAGGUUCGAUGGGAUGAACCCGCAUCCAUUGCAAGACCUGAGAGGGUUUCCCAGUGGGAAAUCGAGCCUUUUGUGGCUUCUGUUCCUACAAACCUGGUUGUGAAGAAUAAAAGGCCCCGACCACCAGUUGAAGUCCCUGUUCUUGAAACUGCAUCUUCAGCUGUCUGGCAUCCCUCCUCCGAGUCAACUAAAUUGAGUUGUACAACUGAAGGAAAGAAGAGUGAGAAUCAUGUUCCAUGGAAUUCUAAACAAUCAGAAAUUAGUGCCUCUCUUAGGAAUCGCAACGGCAGUAGUAUUUUUAGGAAGAAUGUGAUGGGAGGCUGGCUGUCGCCUUCUCAUUUAAAUGCUUCUCGGAAGAUGUUUGCUGAUGAAAUUGAAGACAGUAAAAGUGCCUCUGCUUGGUCUGUUCCUUCAAGCUAUUCCACUUUGCCUUUAACCAAGCAGAGCAAUGACCUAACGCCUGAUCUAGGUGAUGUGAUGAGGUCUGACACUGUUGCAAGUUGCCGACUGUUUGGUAUUGAUUUGAUAAGUCCUGCCCCAGGUUCCUCCUCUCUUGUUGCGAAGGCACCUUUAAAACCAGUCUGUGUAUCCAACGGCACUGGUGAAGGACAUCUACUGAGUGCAAUGUCAGCAGUUGAUUCAGAGCAAAAGUCUGAGCUUUCAAACGAUUCCAAAGAACAGAAGCAGGGACAGCUCCAGGUGUCACCAAAGGAGGUUCAAAGCAAGCAGAGUUGUUCUACUAGAAGUCGAACCAAGGUUCAAAUGCAAGGGUUUGCAGUGGGACGUGCUGUGGACUUAACCACUUUGAAAGGUUAUGAUGAGCUUGUAAGUGAACUCGAGGAGAUGUUUAAAAUCAAGGGAGAGCUUCGCCCUCGGAAUAAAUGGGAAAUUGUCUUUACAGAUGAUGAAGGGGAUAUGAUGUUAAUGGGAGAUGAUCCAUGGAUGGAAUUCUGUCACAUGGCGAGAAGGAUCUUCAUUUGUUCAAGCCAAGAUGUUAAGAAAAUGAGUGCAGAAAGCGAGCUUCCACAAUCUACAGCAGACAAUGAACAAACUUGUGUUAGGUUGGACGCUACUGAAAUCUAGGAAAAAAAUGUAACCCUUCUUUUGUUCUGUUCUGUUUUUUUUUUUUUUUUGGGGGAGG